AUGUCUGUGCUCCUUGCUUUCGCGCUCUUCCUGGUGGUCGACUCGAAGGUGAUCGAUGAGCACAAUGCAUCGGCAGCGUUCGGCGAGGAGCGCCUCACCACCGCCUUGGUGUACGUGGUCCCCGCGCUCAUGUGCCGACCCGUCUUGCUUCACCGCCCCCAUCUUCGGCUCUCGUGGCUGGCCUUCUUGCUGUGCUUCUUCGGCUUCGGGCAGGACGUGGUGCUGGACAGCGUCGCCUUCCCUGCCCCGCUUUCGCGUCCUGGGGUCGUGAUGGUGGAUAUGCCGCCGGGCCUGCUGGGCGCGUCAGACGCUCCAGAGCUGAAGCACCUCGUGACGGACAAGAUCGUGACCGCCGUCGGCGUCGCAACGGUGACGAUCAACAACAAGGCGCCCAUCGUGAGCUCCGCGACUUGGGCGUACCGCUGCCUGCACAUCGUAUUCAUGUUGUUGCGCCUCAGCGGGCGGCCGCCUGGCACUCUUUUCCACGCGAUGCAG